AUGUCCACCAUGGAGCUGCCUCCUCUGCCCGUUCCCAUCACUGACUUCGUCGGAUACGCUAACAAGCAACCCAGCACUCAGGCAGGCGUCACUGAGGCAGUCCGGCCCUUCCGAGACUUUGAGAGCAAGUUGCGGGAGAUCUACGCUCAAUAUCCCGGUCACGCGGCUGCCACCUCCAAUCACUUAGUUCCAGUGUUCAACAGCGCCCCUGUCACUGUCCGAGCCAGAGAUCUGCCCAAUGAGCCUCCGGCUGAGAAGGAUAGAUAUCUGCUUUCUCUUCCAGACAGUCUUCGCAGGAGCCAUGGCUCUCCUGCGCUCGUGGAUUCCUUGACAAAGUUCAGGAGAAAUUUCAACAUCUUCUCCGAAUCAUCACUCGCUGACCUUGACUGGAGCAAUGUGUGUGUUGCCGGCAGUGCAGUGGUUACAUCGUUGUUACCUGUGGACGAGCCUUACAAUGAAUCCAAGCGAACCCAUCGAACGUACUACCACGACAAGCUUGCCCCGGCAUCUGACGUCGACCUUUUUCUUUAUGGUCUUGAUGAGACGCAAGCUCUUGAAAAGAUCAGACAAAUUGAAGCAAGAGUCCGUGACAGCAUCUUGGACGAGACCACCACCGUCCGUACCAAAAACGCCAUCACCAUUGUCUCGAAGUAUCCCACUCGUCACGUCCAAAUUGUCCUCCGCUUGUAUAAAAGCAUUUCGGAGAUCCUGACUGGAUUUGAUGUGGAUUGUUCAUGUGUUGCAUAUGACGGCCGCCAGGUUUGGGCUUCCCCACGAGCUCUAGCUGCCUACAUGACCCAGGUCAACUCCAUUGAUCUUACCCGCAGAUCCCCAUCCUAUGAAAACAGACUCUCCAAGUACUCUCGCCGCGGCUUCGAGGCAUACUGGCCAGGACUGGAUCGUAGCAGGGUUGAUCCCACAAUCUAUGAGAGGUCUUUCUCUAGGGUGCAAGGCCUCGCAAGACUCCUUGUUCUCGAGAAGCUCCCCUACCCCAAAGACCGAGAUGUCUAUCUUGCACAGCGCCGAGAAGAAAGAGGCAGGCCGCGAUUACCUUGGAAUGCAAGGAACCGCCAUUUACUAUCAGGGAACCUCAAGGAUGAUCAGCCGGACGACGUCGCUGAAUGGAUUGAAGAAGACGACGUAUCGAAUUAUCACACCAUCAGUAUUCCGUACGGUCCAAAAUACAAUGCCAAAAAGGUUGAGAAGCUUCUUUUCACCAAGGACUUGUUGCUCAACGCCGAGUGGAAUAAGCCCAAGGAUAGAGAGGCCAGGCUUCAUCGCCACCCAGCCUUUUUCGGAUCCUUUGACGAUGUGAUUCAUGAUUGCUGCGGAUCUUGUCCAGAGCCGACUAGUGAUGAAGAUCUUGCAGCUCUUGAAGGAGAGAGCAAGAUCUACAUCUCAGGAGAUCUCACGUUUCUCAAGGACAAUCCAGGAAGACAAGAAAUUGGCAGCUUCAAUCCAAUCACCGACAAUGACUGGACAGAGAUGGCCUACAUCGGCAAUACAACGAGACUAUGCCAGGCAAUCAUCGACCAAGAUAUUGAAGCCGUCCGCCACUGCUUCUCCUCCAUUGACGUUGUGGACGUCAAUCGACGUGAUCACACUGGCCGGACUCCUCUACAUCUGGCGGUGAUGUGUUCAACGCCCGAGAUCGUUCAGUGCCUAAUUGACCACGGUGCCCGACUAGUCUCCAGACUCUACAACGGGAUGACAGCACUACACCUUGCAGCUUAUCGAGGUGAGCCACGAAUGGUGGAGGCCCUGCUGGAAACUAGCGGCGCCAAUGAGCGACAGGAACAGCUCAAAGAAGAUGCGAAACGAGAGGCACGCAGAGCCGCUGCAGGCCAUGGUGCCGAGAAAGCGGAUCUCACGUCUGAGCAGAUCGCCGACACCGACUCGUGGGACUCGGAUGAAGAUAUGGGUGACGACGAGGGUGAGAAGGAUAACAUGACUGAAAAUUCCUUCGUGAAGAUCAGAUCGCCCACUGACGCCAGUGACGCAUUCGCUGAAGACAAGAGCGAGCCAGAUGUCUACGAUGUCAACGUGCUUGCUUGGGACAGCCCACUUUCGCCCCUACACCUUGCGAUCCUCGGUGGCCACCUGGAUGUUAUUGACCUGCUCAUUGAAGGCUACGGUGCCGCUGUGCUCCUACCCGUCAAGAUCUUGGACCAAUACAAUCCGACGAGCGCCAAAGCUGCCAUUCUGACCAUCGCACUCGCUCUUGAGCUUCCCCUGCAAGAGGCGAAUCAGACUGUAAAAAGGUUGCUGGCGAACGGGGCCACAUUGGCCCAAGCCGACCUGAAUCACAUCUCGGCCCUCCAUUACGCAGUCAGUAAUGCAAAGGCACUUAUCUUGGAGACACUCAACUCUUCUGAUCCCAUUGCAUUCAAAAAGGCUUGCAACAUCGUCACGGUGACUGGGAUGUGGUGGAGUGAUCCGACGGUUGAUACACCACUGAUCACUGCUAUCCGUACCGGCCGCGCGGAUGUGGCCGACAUGCUUCUCGCAAGCGGUGCGAAGACUCGUGUUGAUUUGGAGUCUUUUGCUCAAGCUCUAAAGCGCCAGCGGCCUGACACCUCUACCUCUAGCCCUGAGUAUGUCGAGAAAGUCUACCAGCGCUCAGUCGACCAACCGAUUGUUCUGGCCUUCCGGAUGGAGAUGUUGGACCUUGUCAACAAAUUGAUCGACGGUGGAGAAGACGUGAAUACACUGCCCAAAGAAGCUUACAAUUUCCUUGACCGACGGGGAUUGAAAGACGCGAACCGUUCGCUAUUGGACCUGGCUCGAGCACGCAUUAAAUCUCUCGACAGGUUUUUGGAUCCCUUGAAAUAUAAGGAGUUGGACCAGCUAGAGCCUUUGCGCAAUGACGAAGACUACCUGUCAUUUGACCACGGAUCAUACCAAUACUGGACGGCAUAUCAUGACCUGCUCGAUGCAAAGGUUGUUCGUCAGUACCAGGUUGAGCAUUAUGAGAAAGAAAUUGGAGGUCUCAGGCCUGAUCAGCAGGAGGGGCUGGAAGAGAAAAAGGCUGCAGCCCAGGCUACACUCAUCCAACUUCAAGAACUGGAGAGAAAGCUUGUCGAGAAGGGUGCGAAAACAUUUGAAGAAAUGUACCCAGACGCGAAGCCUCGAGAGACGCCCCUUCUUUACCCGUCGUCGAGUAACCGCGAUGACAGUCCCUACACGACAAACAUAUCUUUCAAGUUGUCUGACCUGACACCCAAAAACAGGGACAACUAUGUCAAGCUGUUCGAAGCCGCCUGGGAGGGAGACGCAGAUACAGUGAGGAGGCUCUGUCUGUCUCGGGUUCGCCCGCUUCGGAUUGCGGUGGAAGACCGUCGCGGAUUCAGCCCCUUUUCCAUUGCAACUCUCCGCGGUCACUACGAACUAGCUGAACUCAUCGUCGAGAUUGCCACUGUGCAAUACCAGCCUGACGACAAAUCCGAAAGGUAUCGUUAUACGAUCCAAACCGAGAGGGACUGCGAUGACUACAGUGAUUACAGUGGGGAUAGCGAAGCCACGGGGCAAAACGACGACGUGCAAGUGCUGGCACAAAUCGUCAAUGACACAUUUACUAUCGAUGAUGUCGCAGCACUUGCAGACAACGUCCAAUCCAAAGUCUCUCCGGCGUCAAUGAUAUCCUGGCCUUGUCAACUCGCUCGUGCUAUCGAUGAUGUUGUUGAUGAGCAGGAGGCUAGCAAAGCAUUCGGAGGCGAUGUGACUCCAGAUGCUCACCUGUACGACCGUUCCAACGAGUCCUGGGCUUGGUUCCAUGCCGCCCUGGAGAACUCGGGUCGCUCUAGACGGGGGUCUCUGGUGCGCUACGCCAUUUUCACGAACAACCUGCGACUUUUGAAGUUCCUCAUCAAGAUCGGCAAUGGCCUUGCCAGCCAGAAGGAAGACGAUGACUCGUUAAAGGUGGCUCACAUCGACAAAAGCGAUUUCGAAGUGGCCAUUGGGCUGGGGAGAGUUGAGCUGAUUGGAGAAAUGAUCAAGUCGACUGGUGUGGGUCUUCCGCUUCGCAAAAUGUUCCAGAAGUCGGGAAUCGAGCUUGCUGGGAAGCCCAAAUACUACCAAGGUCUCACCGUGCACGGCAAGAAGCGUCAAGACUGGGCAGAAGCAGGAAGACUGGGCUCUCACCGCAAGCCACAGGACACAGAAGAGCAGAUCCCACUACUCACGGCCAUCAUCGAAGGCGAUCUAGAGGCGACCGAAUACUUCCUGUCCGAUGCACCACUGCGUCGGUAUCUUGAGUUUACCGAGACAUUCAAGACCGAUAAACACGUUCAAGCGCUGGCACAAGCAGAAGGGGGAGUUGAAGCAGCCCUAAACACUUGGAUGUCGACUCGCAACAAUCUCGCUCUGCAUAUGGCGGUGUUGUCGCCUCCUAGGAGGGAUGGCAGCCAGCCAACCUUUGACUUCUUGUUGAAGAAGAUGCCCGAGUCUCUCGAAACUCGAUCAGCUGACGGCAAGACGCCGCUCUGGUUGGCUUUCAGAGUCGGCAGAUUCUACGCAGCCAAGAAACUGAUUGAAGCCGGCGCCAGGGUGAUGACCAAGGAUGACGCCGGUCGAAAUGUUCUACACGCACUCCUCGACGAGAUCGACCAUCGCGAACAUGCGCUUCUUCGGUCUGUCCUCAGUAUGCUCGACCGAGAAGUCGUUACCCGAUUGCUUCUGGAACGCUGUGGCGGGACCCAGCCUACUGGUAUGACUCCGCUGGCGAUGUUCCUCAAUCGCAUCGACAUCGACGCGAAGACUGGCUGGGAAGAAAGUCUCAAGCUGAUCCUUUCGUACUCUGACGGGAAAGACCUGGAGAAGAUGGACGGUGCCGGAGAUUACCCUCUUCAUUCACUAGUCCGGCGAGGUCACCUAGAACUGGUCAAAUUCAUUGUCGCAUACAGGCCGAGUCUCUUGCACUAUGAGAAUGCCACGGGUAUGACACCAUCUGAGGUGGUGACUGUCAGCUACCUGCGGCGUUUGAUCGAUCAUCCGCCCGAACUCGUCCAGACCGGAAAAUGGAGUAUCGUGGACAAGCCGGCCGAAGAGUUUGUGAACCAGACUGGUUCGACCACGCGCGAGGCAGCAGCAGCCGAGGCCGAUGAGGCCGAAGAGUCAUCUACCUGCCACCGAAGAAGCGCGGAAUGGAAAAUGAAUCGACUCAUGCAUUACCUUUUGGCCGAGCAUCCGGCCAAACGGAAGCUCGUGGCGCUGCAGGACGCGAACGAAGUAGCCAAACGGCUCGCAUUGCAGCAGCAGAAGAAGAGUCUCGAAGAAGCCAAACUGCGUGAGAGAGUCGCUCUAGGGCAUCCUAGACGAGGACCAGAUUCCGAGAAUAGGGACGAGGUGCUGAUGUAUCUGGAUCGAGCGAAGAAAUUCACGCCCUGGGACCGGCUGGGUUGGAGAAGGAAGGAGGCUGGCGAGAAUGUGGAAGAGGUGGAGAAGAAGUACGAGGAAGAGAAUCGGUCCAGAUGGAGGCUGAAGUUGUUGGGUAAUGGAAGUGCGAGCGAAAGUGGGUAG